CCCUCACCUAUUAACAAUCACUUCCCAUUUAUCUCUCCCAGCAAGACAGGGACUGCCACUAAUCUACUCUUUCUCUGAAUUUACCUAUUCUACACAUUUUAUGUAAAUGGAAUUAUACAAUGUGUGGCCUUUUGUGUCUGGCUUCUUUCACUUACAAUUUUUUUUUUUUUUGAGAUGGAGUUUCGCUCUUGUUACCAGGCUCGAGUGCAACGGCGCGAUCUCGGCUCACCGCAACCUCCGCCUCCUGGUUUCAGGCAAUUCUCCUGCCUCAGCCUGCUGAGUAGCUGGGAUUAAAGGCACACGCCACCAUGCCCAGCUAAUUUUCUGUAUUUUUAGUAGAGACGGGGUUUCACCAUGUUGACCAGGAUGACCUCUUGACCUCGUGAUCCACCCGCCUCGGCCUCCCAAAGGGCUGGGAUUACAGGCAUGAGCCACCGCGCCCGGAGCCCGGCCCUCACAAUGUUUUAAGAGUUCUGGCCGGGUGCGGUGGCUCACCCCUGUAAUGGCGGUGAGCCGAGAUUGCGCCAUUGCACUCCAGCCUGGGUAACGAGCGAAACACCGUCUCAAAAAAAAAAAAAGUUUAUCCAUGUUGUAGUGUAUGUCAGAACUUCAUUCUUUUUUUAUCACUGAAUAAACUUCAUUCUUUUUUAUCACCAAAUUUAUUUUCCAUUGGUUGUAUAGACCACAAUUUAUCCAUUCAUCCAUUGAUGAACAUUUGGGUUGUUACCACCUCUUGGUUAUUGUAAAUAGCGCUGCUGCGAACAUUCACAAGUAUUUAAGUACCUAUUUUGAAUUCUUUAGGGUUUAUACGUAAGUGCAGAAUUGCUAUGUCAUAUGGACAUCUUGUUUAACUUUUGUGGAACUGUCAAAGCAACUGGCUGCACUGUUUUACAUGCCCACCAGCAAUGUACCACGGUUCCUAUUACUCCACAUCAUCUCCAACACUUGGUAUUUUCAAUUUUUAAAAAACCUUUUUUCUUUUCUUUUUACUUUCCUUAGUCUUGCCAGUGUCUUAUUUUUUUUUUUUUUUUUUGCCUUUUAAAAUAACCUAGCUUUUAGUUUUAUUCAUCAUUUGCUCAUCAAUUCAAUUUUUUUUUUUUUGAGACGAAGUUUUGCCCUUGUUGCAAAUGGCAUGAUCUUGUCUCAUUGCAACCUCCGCCUCCUGAGUUCAAAUGAUUCUCCUGCCUCAGCCUCCUGAGUAGCUGGGAUUACAGGCGCCUACCACCACGCCCAGCUAAUUUUUUGUAUUUUAAUAGAGACAGGGUUUCACCAUGUUGGCCGGGCUGGUCUUGAACUCCUAACCUCAGGUGAUUCAACUGCCUCAGUUUCCCAAAGUGCUGGUGUGAGCCACCACAACCCCACAAUUCCAUAUUAAGUUUUAUUUUUUAUUAUUUAUCUUCUCCUUUUGGGAAGAUUUAUAUUGUUUUCCCCCCUUACUUUCUUAAGUUAAAUGUUUAGUUCAUUUAUAAUUAUUUCUUUUUUUGAAGUGGAGUUUAACUCUUUUUGCCCAGGCUAGAGUGCAGUUACACCAUCUCAGCUCACUCAACCUCCUGAGUAGCUGGAAUUACGGGUGCCUGCCACCAUACCCGGCUAAUUUUUGUAUUUUUAAUAGAGAUAGGGUUUAACCAUGUUGACCAGGUUGGUAUUGAACUCUUUUUUUUUGAGACGGAGUUUCGCUGUUGUUACCCAGGCUGGAGUGCAAUGGCGCAAUCUCGGCUCAUUGCAACCUCCACCUCCCGGGUUCAGGCAAUUCUCCUGCCUCAGCCUCCCGAGUAGCUGGGAUUACAGGCACGCACCACCAUGCCCAGCUAAUUUUUUGUAUUUUUAGUAGAGACGGGGUUUCAUCAUGUUGACCAGGAUGGUCUCGAUCUCUUGACCUCGUGAUCCACCCGCCUCGGCCUCCCAAAGUGCUGGGAUUACAGGCUUGAGCCACCACGCCUGGCCCGGUAUUGAACUCUUGACCUCAAGUGAUCCAUCUGCCUGCCUUGGCCUCCCAAAAAUUUGGGAUUACAGGCGUGAGCCACUGUGCCCAGGCUUAUAAUUCUCGUAAAAGUCUUAAUUUCACUAAUAACAUUUCUCUUUUCAUGGCCAAGUGAGGUGGCUCAUAUGCAUAAUCCCAGCACUUUGGGACGCUGAGGCUGGUGGAUCACUUAAGGCCAGAACACCAUAGUGAGACCCCAUCUCCACAAAAAAUAAAAAUGAACCAGUGUGCUGGCACACCUGUAGUCUCAGCUACUUUUGAGACAAAGUUUCGCUCUUGUUGCUCAGGCUGGAGUGCAAAUGGCACAAUCUCAUCUCAUUGCAACCUCCGCUUUCUGGGUUCAAAUGAUUCUCCUGCCUCAGCCUCCUGAGUAGGAGGAUUCUCCUGAGGUAGGAGAAUCACUUGAACUGAGAAGGUUGAGCAGCAGUGAGCCAUGAUCACACCACUGCACUCCAGCCUGGGUGACAGAGCAACAACAAAAAUAAUAGUAAUAAAAUAUUUCUCUAUUGUUACAACCGAAUCUGAUUUUCUUUUCUUUUUUUUGAGACGGACUCUCACUCUGUUGCCCAGGCUGGAGUGCAGUGACAUGAUCUUGGCUCACUGCAGCCUUCGACCCCUCAAUUCAAGCAAUUCUCCUGCCUCAGCCUCGGGUGUAGCUGGGAUUACAGGCAUGCGCCACCAGGCCCAGCUAUUUUUUUUCUAUUUUUAGUAGAGAUGGAGUUUCACGACAUUGGCCACAGUGGUCUUGAAUUCCUGACCUUGUGAUCUGCCUGCCUCGGCCUCCCAAUGUGCUGGGAUUACAGGCAGGAGCCACCAUGGGUAGCCGGAAUCUGAUUUUCUAAACUCAAUUCAAUAGCACUUUGUUCUACUGCUAAUUGAAAAAGUCUCUCUAAAGUGAGAUAGGUUAGGCUGAGGUUAUUUUUCCUUUCUGUUGGGUGCAUGGUCAAAAUUUGACAUAUGAAUUUCAGUGAUUCUUUCCUAGUGCUCAUUUAGGUAUUAUUAGGCCAUUUACUACCAACUCCAAGGCAGUGACAGCUUGGAGAGCACAUCCUUGCUACUACCCUGUUGUUUCAGUGGCACUUUCUAGCUAAGAUUCAGUCACCUUUCCUCCAGAUGGUGGUGCGGCAUUCCCAUACCGGCCUCCAGAGUAUCUCCCCCAAAUUCAUUUAGAUCAGCCCAACCUUGGAAAAUGCCAAACUGGGUCAUGCUGUUUGAGCCUAAUAAUCUUUCCCACAGCAGUAGGAAUUGUGAUGGGAAAAAAAGAAAAGAUGGAGGGUGGGGUUUCCCAAUGUCUCCAGUAUUUACCACGUUGCAUGUAGGGGAGCUACCUCAAGCAUUUAUUGAAUAAUUUUUCCAAACAAGGAGGUUUACUAUGAGGGAUUCUGAUGCCACCUCUAAAAAUAGUUUUAGAAAUGUUUUUCCACUUUUUUACAAGGGGAAAUCUAACAAGAAAGAAUAACGGAACAGCUAUUAAAAAAAAAAACAAUGAGAGUAUACAGCCCCAUUUCUAGCCCCUAUGAGGACUGUUUAUAUUUUGUACCAUGUGCUUGGAUUGCCAUGAGGUUACCCAGUGUAUUUUUUUUUUUUUUUUUUUUGAGACAGAGUCUUGCUUUGUUGCCAGGUGCCAGGCUGGAGUGCAGUGGCGCAAUCUUGGCUCACUUCAAUUUCCACCUCCGGGGUUCAAGCAAUUCUCCUGCCUCAGCCUCCUGAAUAGCUGGGACUGCAGGCACAUCCACCACGCCCAGCUAAUUUUUGUAUUUUCUGUAGAGACGGGGUUUCACCAUGUUAGCCAGGAUGGUCUAGAUCUAUUGACCUCGUGAUCCACCUGCCUCAGCCUCCCAAAGUGCUCAAUUACAGGCAUGAGCCACCACACCUGGCUUGCACAUCUUUUGUUACAAUAUUUUCCUUUUUUUUUUUUUAGUGCUCUGCCAGUUUUACUUUGGAAGAUAAAUGAGAUGUAUAAUUCUCAUUCCUUUGCCAUUUUUCUGUAAAUCUAAAACUAUUCCAAAACAUAAAGUUAGAAGGUGGUGGGGGGAGAGAGAGAGACUGAUUUUUUUCUUUUCUUUUUUUUUUUGAGAUGGCGUCUUACUCUGUUGCCCAGGCUAGAGUGCAGUAUCUCAAUCUUGGCUCACUGCAACCUCUGCCUCCCACGUCUCAGUUCAAGCAAUGAGAGACUGAUUUAGAACCCGCUUCUGGGCACUGAAGCUGCCCAUACCCCUUACCAAUACUGGAGAGUUUUCCCCAGUGAACCUUGGCAGACAUAGGACAGGGUAGAGAUGGUGGCUCCUUGGGUUGAUGUAAGUUUAGGGAUUUGGAUUAGGGGUAGGUUUCCUACUCCUGCCAUUUAUAGUUCCCCCAGGGGUUUAGUUUCUGUCCCCUCUACUACAAACGCAAAUACAAAUACAAAGCUCCCUCCUCUCUGUGCUCUGUAGAGUGAUAACUUUUUCCUUCUGCCUCCCCUCCAAUUCCUCUUCGGAGAUUCUAUAGCCCAGGCUGUGAAGUGCAGGGACAGGGAUGUGGGGCUGGAGAGACAUGCGGACUGAGGGAGGGCGGAUAUUCAGGUGACUGAGAGGAGGGUUCAGCCCCUAGAAAUCCUUUUUAUGGAAGGCACCAUAAUCUACCGCUACAGGUCCUUGGACGCUGAGAUGGAAGAUGGCACUGGUGGCCGACUCUGAGUGUGCUGCCUAUGAGUUCGUAAAAACAGACAAGAAAAUGCCACUGGCAAAGUCUGGCUCUAUAGGGUAAUAUGAAGGUAGGGGACAGCACAAGCAUUUUUGCUGAAUCUAGUUCCUCCUCAUUUCCCAGCAGCUGUGAGUGAACAAUCAUCUCAAAAGGAGUUGUCACUGUCCUUCUGUCCACGUCCUAGCAUUGUUUCCCUCAGGGUUCGUGAUGUAGUGGAAAAGACUCCUAGGAGUCAAGAGACUUUUAUCUCAAACCCUGACUUUACCGUCACCUCCCUGGUGGUUUUGGGCAAAUCACUCUCAUUCUACAUAAAGUAAGAAGUUGAACAAGAUGGUCUAAAGAUCCCUUCCAUCUAAAAAGUUUAUUUUCUAUGAAGAGAGUGACUAUAUUUUUUGUUUUUGCCUCCCAGCAUCAAGCACAGUGUCUGGCACACAGUAGGGUUCAGGGAAUGCUGUGAUUAGUGAGAGAAUGAAUGAAUGAAUGAAUGAAUGAAUGAACAAAAUGCUAGACAAAUGAAGUUCUUAGACAUGGCCAGCUGGUGGCAUCACCUCUCUACAUAACUACAAGGGAGUGUUGAUAGUCUCAGACCAAGGGAAAGACAUAGGACUAGAAACGGUAAAAAGGUAAAGAAACGGUCAGAGGAUCAGAUGUUUGAAAUGAAUAACAGAACCCUGGAAUUCUGGCCCACUUUCUUUUCUCUAUGCCAAUAAAGAAAAUAAGUUCAAAGCAUGAAGCAGUUUUAUUUUUAUUUUGGGAGAUGGAGUCUCACUUUGGUACCCAGGCUGAAUACAGUGGCACAGUCUUGGCUCUUUGCAACCUCCAUCUCCGGGUUUAAGCAAGUCUCCUGCCUCAGCCUCCAGAGUAGCUGGGACUAUAGGUGCAAGCUGCCAUACCCGGCUAAUUUUUGGCAUUUUAGUAGAGAUGGGGUUUCACUGUGUUGCCCAGGCUGGUCUCAAACUCCUGAGCUCAGGGAAUCUGCCCACCUUGGCCUCCCAAAGUGCUAGGAUUACAGGCGUGAACCACUGCGCCUGGAUUUUUUUUUUUAGAUGGAGUUUCACUCUUGUUGCCCAGGAUGGAGUGCAAUGGUGUGAUCUCAGCUCACUGCAAUCUCCACCUCCCAGGUUCAAGUGAUUCUCCUGCCUCAGCUUCCUGAGUAGCUGGGAUUACAGGCAUGUGCUACCAGGCCUGGCUAGUUUUGUAUUUUUAGUAGAGAUCAGGUUUUUCCAUGUUGGUCAGGCUAGUCUUCAACUCCCAACUUCAGGUGAUCCACCCGCCUCAGCCUCCCAAAGUGCUGGGAUUACACACCCAGCCAAGCAGUUAUCUAAACUGCCAGACUGGCAAGGUGAUUCUGAGUGGGCAGAGAAGUAGACAUAGCCCCAAGAGACAGAGUGAUGACACAAUCACACAGAAGCAGCCCAUAAGGCCAGGAGGUAGCCUCUGGGGUUCACCUGACCUCGGGGGCUGGGCACUCCCCUUCUGCCACCCUGUUCAGACUCAUCCCUGGUUAGAAAGCCCCAACAUGUUGGCACCCAGCCUGGAUCACUCUCACCUCUGGGUUUCUCCUGUGCAUUCACAAAGCCCACUGCUGAUUUAUUCUCGCAAAGAGCCCCUCUCUUCCCCCAGCACUGCAAGGGAACUGGAUAUUGAACGUUACCUUAAUUAGCUGGCAGAGGGGAAGAAGGUGCUGAGUAUGUUGGAAUCCUUGAGAAAGCCUUACUCUUUUACCUACCCACCUCCUGCCUUCUCUUUGUCCCCGCCACAGCUCCUUCUGCAGUAGGUAGAGAUGUGGCAAUAAAAAGGAAGGGCCCGAUGAAGCAUUUUUUCCCCCAGUUAUGAUUGAGAUCAUGGGGAGACAGGAUGAGGUGUGGUGAGGGCUUAUCUCAGGAUCCUUAGCUCUGACAUGGAGUUUGCAGGAGAGAGUGGGGGGAUCACUCAGCUCUGUCCACUGACUAGAGCAGGAAAGGGGGAAAGGAUGGUGACAGACGUUAGCAGGAAUAUUCAAUUAUCAGGAGCAGGAACAGAACUGAGGGCAUGCCCAGGUCCACACAGGCCCUCACAGGCUCAGUGUUCCCCGUGGGGAGGAAACAGGAAGCUGUGACUUCCUCUCUCCUUUCCCUCCCUGCUCUUAGCCUCAAGGUCACUGCUGUGGAGAUGAAUUCCAACCUGUUUUAGUUGGCACUGUUCCCUGGGCAUGGUAAUAGCUACUCAGUACCCUUCUGCCACAAACACCCCAAAGUUCUCCUUUGAAAUAUUCACACAAAGACAUAUAAAUCACACGUAUUCUCUCAUUUCAUCACGCCACUCCUGUGAAGCAGACUUAUCUGAAAAUUUUAAGCAAGAAAACAAGCUCAGGGAAUCAAAGGAACACUCCUAGUCACACAGCUAGUGAGUAGCAGGUCUGAGACUCUGCAGCCUCUGUGGUCUCCUCUCUCAGACACCCAUGUUGAUUCCCUGUCUCGAUACCACCUCCCAGGCCCCUUCCUUUGGGCCCUAAGGGAACACUUGCUGCAGAGGAGGGAGGCCUCUGCACGCUGUUAGGAACAGAGGCAGCUCUAGUUUGGUUCCUGUCAUCUCUGGGACAGGGAACCUCCAGCUUUCUCCCUGGGGUGGAGGCUUGGGGCUGUCCUCCAUAGUGGGGUAACUCUCCCUUCUCCCCUCCCUCUCUGCCAUUUAGAGUGCUUCUUGCAGGCAGGCGCAUGCGCAUAUACCUUAGGGUUCAGGCUCUUCCUCACCCUGCCCCACCCACCACCAAUCUUGACCGACAGGGACGUGGUGGGUUGUCCUGUCCACACCCCUCCCUCUGAGGUGUGGGCGUGGGCCAGCACUCACCAGAGGCCCCAGAGAAGCACUUAGUUCUAGAGCCUCCUGCUGAGAGCCUGCAGUGGCCUCUGCCAGUCUGGCAGGUACUUGCAGAUCUCUCUGCUCAGCACCACCAAUCUCUGAUGCCCUGCGAUGCCCACACUCAAUACUUCUGCCUCUCCACCCACAUUCUUCUGGGUCAAUGCCUCCGGAGGCAGGGUGCCAAGUGCUGAUGGUGCUGCAAUGCCUGUCGAAUUCCUAGUCCUGAGGGUCAUGGUUGCCCUGGCCUAUGGGCUUGUGGGGACCAUUGGCUUGCUGGGAAAUUUGGCAGUGCUGUGGGUACUGAGUAACUGUGCCCGGCGAGCCCCUGGCCCACCUUCAGACACCUUCGUCUUCAAUCUGGCUCUGGCGGACCUGGGACUGGCACUCACUCUCCCCUUCUGGGCAGCUGAGUCGGCACUGGACUUUCAUUGGCCCUUCGGAGGUGCCCUCUGCAAGAUGGUUCUGACGGCUACUGUCCUCAACGUCUAUGCCAGCAUCUUCCUCAUCAUGGUACUGAGUGUUGCUCGCUACUGGGUGGUGGCCAUGGCUGUGGGGCCAGGCACCCACCUCUCACUCUUCUGGGCCCGAAUAGCCACCCUGGCAGUGUGGGUGGCAGCUGCCCUGGUGACGGUGCCCACAGCUGUCUUUGGGGUGGAGGGUGAGGUAUGGGGUGUGCGUCUUUGCCUGCUGCGCUUCCCCAGCAGGUACUGGCUGGGGGCCUACCAGCUACAGAGGGUGGUGCUGGCUUUCAUGGUGCCCUUGGGUGUCAUCACCACCAGCUACCUGCUGCUUCUGGCCUUCCUGCGGCGGCGGCAACGGCGGCGGCAGGACAGCAGGGUCGUGGCCCGCUCUGUCCGCAUCCUGAUGGCUUCCUUUUUUCUCUGCUUGUUUCCCAACCAUGUGGUCACUCUCUGGGGUGUCCUGGUGAAGUUUGACCUGGUGCCAUGGAACAGCACUUUCUAUACUAUCCAUACAUACGUCUUCCCUGUCACUACAUGCUUGGCUCACAGCAACAGCUGUCUCAACCCUGUGCUGUACUGUCUCCUGAGGCGGGAGUCCCGGCAGGCUCUGGCAGACACCUUCAGGGAUCUGCGAUCCAGGCUGUGGCCCCAGGGUGGAGGCUGGGUGCAAUAAGUGGCUUUAAAGCAGGCAGGCAGGUGGUGGGUCGCCAGCAACCCCCUGGAGUGCGGCCCUUCAACCCUGCUCACCAACCUGGACAGAAGGACACCGGGGUGAAGGGCGCAAGCUGAAUACACUCCUCUUUCUGAGAUCCACCAAGUGUAGGAUACUUGAGUCCUGGGAAGAAGCUGCCCCCUCUGCCAGGCUGCAGCACCCUCGGAGAAAAAUCUCAUCUUUGAUCCCCAAUUCUGCGUGUGGUGAAUGGGGGAGGCGGGGGCCCAGAUCAGAGCUGGGUGUGACAAAGCUUACGUCUUUAUUAGGAGAUGGGAAAGAAGAGGAUCUGAGAAUAAACCUCUGGAUUAUCCACCAAUUGUUUGACCUUUUAUCCCAGUUCCACCUCCAGUUCAGUGUGGAACAAAAGGAUUCGUUGCUCUAUUUCUGCCUUCUGCAGUAAUUCCCAGGAAAACUUCCCUAAGGGUUCCAGGCUAAUGAAUCAGAGGUCAGUGCCCAUCUCCCUCUGCCUGUACCCCCCACCUCAAAACAGAGUAUCCCUUGUCUUUCUCUGGUAUCAAGGCCACAAAUACCCUCUUCCCCUGUCCCCACCUUACCAUCUCAGUGGUGACCACAGAAACUUGCUGCCUACAGAGGCCUCAGCUGCAGAAACUAUAGUUCCCCUAAAGGAAUACCAGGUGUGGGAUAUUGCUGAAAUUCCCAGCCCUGGGUGUAAAACCCUGGUGCUGACGGGAGUGCCUGUGUUUCUCCCUUUAAAUCAGGAUUUGAAAGGAGAAGAUAAUGACAAGUCAAAGACAUGGGUGGAGUGAACGCAGGUGAGAGAUUAAAAGGGGGGCAACUGGGAGAACAGGCUGCAGGUGGAGUCAGAAAAGUGGAAACCUCAGAAAGUGGUGCUAGUCCUUGUCCCUGCCUCAGAGUAUCAAUCUGUCAGAGCACCUGGAUGCACACCUUUACCUCCAGCAAAUUACUUUACCUUUGUACCUCACUGUUCUCCCCUGUAAAACGGGCUACUGAAGAUUUAACAGCCGGGCAUGGUAGCUCACGCCUGUAAUCCCAGCACUUUGGGAGGCCGAGGCGGGCGGAUCAUGAGGUCAAGAGAUUGAGACCAUCCUGGCCAACAUGGUGAAACGCUGUCUCUACUAAAAAAUACAAAAAUUAGCUGGGCAUGGUGGCAUGCGCUUGUAGUCCCAGCUACUCGGGAGGCUGAGGCAGGAGAAUUGCUUGAGCCCAGGAGGCUGAGAUUGCAGUGAGCCAAGAUUGCACCACUGCACUCCAGCCUGGUACCUGGCGACAGAACAAGACUGUCUCAAAAAAAAAAAAAAAAAAAAAAAAGAUUUAACAGUGACAUAUACUGUUAACUAUUAUUCUUACAUCCUGUGUAAAAUGGAGACAGAGAGAAGGGAGGAAAUAAGGGUGCAGCUGGGAGAUCAUGAUGGGGAACCAUGUCUCAUCUGGAAUGGUUUUAUGUGUUCCAAAGUGGGGUAUAAUGAAAGCUUCACAUAAACAAGUAAGAAAGGCUGGGUAUGGUGGCUCACGCCUGUAAUCCCAGCACUGUGGGAGGCUGAGGCGGCUGGAUCACAAGGUCAGGAGCUUGAGACCAGCCUGGACAACAUGGUGAAACCCCAUCUCUACUAAAAUACAAAAAAUCAGCUGGGCGUGGUGGCAGGCGCCUGUAGGCUGAGGCAGGAGAAUCGCUUGAAACAGGAAGGUGGAGGUUGCAGUGAGCCAAGACUGUGCCACUGAACUCCAACCUGGGCAAAAGAGCGAAACUCUAUCUCAAAAACAAAUACAAGAAAAACCUCAGAGCUUGACCCCAAGCCUCUCUUGAAGGUGGUGUGUUACCAGGUCUGCAGGAUAGGGGGCUCCUCUGUGGUUCCUAUACUGAGACACACCAGUGAUAAAGGUCAGCCAUCAGAAGGGUUUUCUGGGAGGCAGCCUCUAGAAAGGAGGAAGGCAGAGGGAAGAUGGGGUAGAACUCCCACUUUCACUGCCCCCUCCUCAGGCUCUCUGGCAUGUCUUGGAACCCAUGAGGACACAGGGUGCUCAGGCUCCUGGGGCAGCAGCCGGGAGCAGUGCCACCUUAUUAAGUGCGGAGCCCCCUGUGAGGGGGGAAGCCACAGUGCCUACAGGUGUCCCCUGCCCCAGUUCCUUUAAUUGCUGGGCAGAGGCGGCUCCAAAGAGGCACCCAAUUCACAACAGAUUAAGCAAUGUGAAGGUAACUUAAUUAGCCUCGUUUAAUUUCCUCUUGUUGAUGAUGUUUAGCUCCAAAACUCCAGGUCUAUUCCUAGCCCAUGAAGGCAAUGGAAAAUCCUCCACCUAAGCAACCGUCUUCCCACCCCAACAGCUCCUCUGACGCCCUUGCUAGGCUCCGGAUAUUGGCUCCCCUGGGGGCAUCUCUGCUUUAUGGGCCCUGGAGGUAAAUAUUGACAAAGUGUACACAGGUUCAAGUCAGAGAUGAAUGCUCUUGGUGGGGAGGAGGAGGAGGAGGGUGCAGCUGGAUGGAGAAGGGAGGGCUGGGCAGAGCGGGCAGCCGGGAGCUCCUCUUGGAAUGGAAAGACAGCAAUGUUUUGGUGAGAACAUGGGCCCUGGGGCUCCCUAGAACACAAAGCCAGAUGGCUUUGAAACUUCAGCAGGAGGGACAGAGGUUAAGACUGUAGGUUCCCAAAAGCGGGUUAGGGAGGGGGCAGGGGACACAAUGGUUCAAGAUGUGAGGAAGGGACCUAGCUCUCAGGAGCAGCCGCAUCAGACGAGUUUGUGCCCACGUUCUGGGGCUGAAGAUGUUUAUGUGUGGUGGGCAGGGGUUGGUAACGUGGUGGCAGAAGGGACAGCACUGCUGGGAAGAAAGCAGCGGUGGACUUCGCACCCACUCUGGGCUGUGUCUCCAGGUUUCUGUGUUCUCUUCUGACCAGCAUCUCUCACUGGACCUGUGGAGGAUUCUGGGAGAACCCGCAUUCCCCCUUUUUGGUGGACUCUGCAUGCUAUCUAAUAUCGCCACCCCACCCUCACCUACCUUCCUUUCCCACCUAAAGGUUCUACCUUCACAGCGCUGGGUCUGAGCUGCUUCCAGCUGACCUGGCAGGCAGCUGCUGAGCCCUGUGUCUAUGUGGGUGAAACCUAAAGCCCUGAUAUUUGUAGGCAGAAUAGCCAAGGGAGAAAAGUGGUGGACUAGAACUAAGAAGGCUGGUGAGGAGGCUCAAGCCUGUAAUCCCAGUACUUUUAGAGGCCCAGGCGGGCAGAUCACCUGAGGUCAGGAGUUCAAGACCAGCCUGACCAACAUGGAGAAACACCAUCUCUAUUAAAAAUACAAAAAUUAUAGGCUGCACACGGUGGCUCAUGCCUGUAAUUCCAGCACUUUGGGAGGCCGAGGUGGGCGGAUCAUGAAGUCAGGAGUUCGAGAGCAGCCUGAUCAACCUGGUGAAACCCCAUCUCAAAACAAAAAAAAACCUGGGUGCAGUGGCUCACCCCUGCAAUCCCAGCACUUUGGAAGGCCGAGGUGACAGGAUCAUGAGGUAAGGAGUUGGAGAGCAGCCUGGCCAACAUAGUGAAACCCUGUUUCUACUAAAGAUACAAAAAUUAGCUGAGCAUGGUGGCACGUGUCUGUAAUCCCAGCUACUUGGGAGGCUGAGGCAGGAGAAUUGCUUAAACUUGGGAGGCGGAGGUUGCAGUGAGCUGAGAUUGUGCCAUUGCACUCCAGCCUGGGCAACAAGAGCAAAACUCCAUCUAAAAAAAAAAAAGCGGGUUCCUUCCUGGCCUGGCAAGCAUUGUGCACCUAGGUUUCCCUGCAUGUAAAAUGAGAACAAUUCCCCAUUCUCAGGAUCCUGGUAAUGGCUGAGAAAGCACCUUGUAAAGGUUUUGUGCUGGAGAAUGAGUUACAGAAGGGGAGGGUGCUGGCUACUCCCCCAGCCUGCUUCCCACAUGAUUUCAAUUCCUCUUUCUAGCUGAGGGCCUGAGCCCCAUUCUCCUAAUCCGACCCCAUGGGGGUAUGAACUUGUACCUGCAUUUAUACACAACCCUAGACUCUCCCCUCCUUCCCUCCCCACAAAGCCCCAAAGUAAGUACCAACCGAACAGGAAGUAAAACUAGCUAAAAAGAAGAACUGAAACCAGCUCAUCUCUCACUGCCUCUCAAAGAGGCCAAGUCAAGGAGCAGCUCCUGUGAGGGGCAACCCCAGGGCCCGAUGCCAUGGAGACGAACAACGGCAGGUGGGGGCUGGAUCUGACAAUGAAUGAGGCUGGGGACCUGGGCAAUAGGUGGAGGCGAUGGCUGAGCAUGGCCUACAAAUACAAUGGUCACACAUUUCCUGAUAGCGCAAUUCCCAACAUCGGAACCUGUGUGCCCUCUUUGUUUUCAUCCUUGUACUGGUACAUUAAAAAACCAAAAGCAGAUUUUCAGUGGUUACUUUUGUUAGUGCCCCCCUCUUCAGCGAGGCAGAGGCUGUCCUUUCUGUGAGAGAAAAAGGCCCCUUUCAGAGGAACGGUCACUGCCCGGCUCUCUCCUAUCAUCCUCCUCAGAACCGGCAGACAUUACGGGAAACAGUACCUUGUGGAGUUCCAGGUUUUUAAUUUUCCCUGAUUUUUUUUUUAAACAACCAAAUUGGCAGGAAAAAAAAAAAACAAAACUGGGGCUGGUCGGCAUUUGAGGGCAGGGGUUCCACUGAAAAAUCCCCCAAAUUCACGCUGAGGUUUCAGGUCAUGGUUGCUGAGGUGGAAGAUGAGGUCAGGGCUCCUGGAAAUGUCCCAACCCACCCUAGAACUUGUUUCCAAAUGGCUGGGGAAGAGGUCAGUAUAGGUCCCCCCGUUACUGCAGAUGAA